CGGUGCCUGCAGUUCAACUUCCGGGUGGAAAUAUUGUGCAUGAAGUAAAAUCUGCUUGCAAAUUCAUUUGGACGAACUUCUCGGCCAACUAAACCGUGUAAAAUGUCCCGAGGCUCAAGUGCAGGGUUUGAUCGACACAUUACCAUCUUCUCUCCGGAGGGAAGACUCUAUCAAGUCGAAUAUGCUUUCAAGGCCAUAAACCAAGGUGGACUCACAUCAGUAGCAGUCAGGGGGAAGGACUGUGCGGUUGUUGUAACACAGAAAAAAGUACCGGACAAGCUUCUGGAUGCCUCCACAGUGACCCACCUUUUCAGAAUAACAGAUAAUAUUGGAUGUGUAAUGUCUGGGAUGACAGCUGACAGCAGGUCCCAAGUGCAGAGAGCUCGCUAUGAGGCCGCUAACUGGCAGUACAAGUACGGUUAUGAGAUUCCAGUGGACAUGCUGUGUAAGAGAAUUGCUGACAUCUCACAAGUCUACACGCAGAACGCUGAGAUGCGACCACUGGGCUGCUGUAUGAUCGUGAUCGGAAUAGACGAGGAGCACGGCCCCCAGGUGUAUAAAUGCGACCCCGCAGGCUAUUACUGCGGCUUCAAGGCCACUGCUGCUGGAGUUAAGCAGACAGAAGCCACCAGCUUCCUGGAGAAGAAAGUGAAAAAGAAACUGGACUGGACUUUUGAGCAAACCAUUGAGACGGCAAUUUCUUGUCUGUCAACCGUUCUCUCCAUUGACUUCAAGCCCUCUGAGCUGGAGGUGGGCGUUGUCACAACGCAGGACCCAAAGUUUAGGAUUCUGACAGAGACUGAAGUGGACACCCACCUGAUGUCCUUGGCAGAGCGGGACUGAGCGAGCAGAGACGUGUCACCCGUUGGAUUAAGUUAGAGCAUGAUGGAAUAUGCAGUUCCCAGAAGGAGGCCGGUGUUAUCUUUGUUUGCUGUACAUUUACCCCCACUGUUUCAUUCAACAAUAAAAAAAAGUUUUUGGAGUAAAAUAACAA